AUGUUUGGACAUCAAAGUAGGAGGGUUCGCUUUGAGGCCAGUCGUACCUUACAGAACAUCCACAUGAAACUCGGAAUGCCUAUGAAGGAUCAUAUGUUAACUAUGAUUGCACACUUCAAUGUGGCAGAGAAUCUGGGUGUAACUAUUGAUCAGGAAACUCAAGUUGAUAUGAUGUUGAAUUCUUUAUCUGAUAUGUUUUCACAAUUUACUGUGGACUAUCACUUGCACAAGAUGAAUAUGCCAUUAACUGAGUUGAUGAAUGACUUGCAAAAUGUGGAAAGUGGUCUCAAGGUUAAGGGUAGCCAUGCUCAUACGGCAAUUGUUAGCUCCUUUAGCUCCAAGUCAAAAGGCGGAAUUGGAAAGAAGAGAAAGAGAUCUAACAAGAAGCCAGGAAGCAACAAAAAAUCCAAAUCAAAUGGAACGCCGAAAGCAAGUGUUUCCACUAUGGUCGCAAAUGACACUGGAAGAAAGACUGCCCUGAUGCACUAG